UCGGCGGGCUCCGAGAGAGCCGGCGCCGGGGGGGCGGGGUCCCGGGGCCAGGCCCCGAGGGCCGCUGGGAGAGGCGACUUCGGUGCUCCAGGCUAGCGAGCGAGCGAGAGGGCGGGGGCAGCACCGUGGAGUGCGGGCUGCGGCGCAGAUGUCAUGUGGCCUGUGCUUUGGACCGUGGUGCGUACCUAUGCUCCCUAUGUCACAUUUCCCGUGGCCUUCGUGGUCGGGGCUGUGGGUUACCACCUGGAAUGGUUCAUCCGGGGAAAGGAUCCCCAGCCUGUGGAGGAGGAGAAGAGCAUCUCUGAGCGCCGGGAGGACCGUAAGCUGGAUGAACUGCUAGGCAAGGACCACACGCAGGUGGUGAGCCUUAAGGACAAGCUGGAAUUUGCCCCUAAAGCUGUCCUGAACAGAAACCGCCCGGAGAAGAAUUAACGAAGGACACAGAGCCCUAUGGGUCCUUGUGUGGGCCCUGACUGGCCCUGCCACCAUGUCUCCCCUGCUCCAGAACCCACAUUGGAUUUGCUGUGUGGCUUAUUCCGGCCCCUCCCGUGCCACCCAGCCCCACACACACUGGCCGCUCUUCUGUUGCCAGGCGGACAUGCGAGCAGCUGAGGGGCCAGGGUAGAGGAAGGCCCUUGAGGGUUCUGGCCUGAAGGCUGCAUGUGUUGUAUGGUGGCCGAAACUGCUCAGGCUUCUGUGCUUCUGGGCGCACCGUGGGGAGGAGUGUCAUGAACUGAAUGAUGGCUGUCUGUUUCUUUGGGGAGGCACUUUGGCCUCAGGUGGGAGUGGCUGGGGUUGGGGUGCUGCCUUAGGAGGGAUGCCUGCAUGCCUAGUUCCAGUAUACACUGGGAAGAAUUCAAAAAGCUACCUGGCCCCCUUCACAUUUGCCCUCUUCUUGUACUCGUUCUUCCUGAAAUCCUGUCCUGUCAGCUCAGGAAUGAGACUCCCCGGGGAGGAAAGCCUUUUACUGUUCUUGGAAGCCCAGGCUAUUUACCUUGGGACAGGUGAAUUUGCUUGAAAACAAUCACAUUUUCCACCCACCCCCAUCACUGUAUGGUACAAAACUUGAUUAAAAUGGCAUCUGAGAACCA